UGGGAGGGGAGAUAUUCCACCACAGACUGCUCAACAUGGCGGAACCCGUCCACAUGCUGUUCAACUACAGAUGAUCCACAACCUCCUUCAAGAAGUUACUCUUUCAGAGCAGUCCAGAAUCUGAUCGGUUGAGUCAAAACAGCACUAGAGAUAAACAAUGUCAAGGGAUUAAUAAAAGGAGGAUGAAGAAACAAAGUUGUACAAAGAGACAACAGACGGGUUCGUCCUCCCAUUCUAAACCUAAGAAGAACCAAGCUAAGAGACAAAACUGCCCCAAGCAGAAGUGCAUUUCCAGUGAGAGCCAGUGGUUCACACCCCCUGAGUUUGAGAGGUUUGGGAUGAAGGAGAAGCACAAAAAGUGGAAGACCAGCAUCCUUUGCAAAGGGAUUCCACUCCAGAAACUCAUAGAGGAUUGAUUUCUCUUCAAUAUAAGCUUAAGGUUCAGGAUGCAAAGGUUUGGCAGCUCUUCGAUCAUUGUAGAUACGAUUUGAAGAGGAGAUACC